AUGUCUGGGCUUCCGAUAAUGGGUCCGGGGCACAAGCAGGCUAGACCCGGCGGAUCCAGCUUGAGUCCACGAUCGGCGAUAUUUCAGCCUCACGAGAAUGUCAACCCCGGCGCGCCGUAUUUUCGUUGGGUGUGGCCUCCGCGCUGCACCAACACCUGUCGGACCGCCGACCUCAAGCAAGAAGCGGAAGCUCGAUGGCAGAUAUCUCGCCGCUACGCAAAAACGCGCAGAAUCGACCCGACCCUCUCGAAGAACCAAACAAGCAUCCUUAUCCAAUUGCGGACCGGACAUGCACCGCUUCAACAGCACCUAUUUCGCCUGCGCAAGGCCGAGUCGGCCAUGUGCCCUACAUGCGGCACCAACGAGGAGACGGUGAUCCACUACCUCCUACACUGUCCGACAUGGAAACGAGCCCGCGCUCCGCUACGACGAGCUCUCCCUGCGUUCAGGACACUCCUUCGAAUCCUCCUCAGCAGCCCCGAAGCUCUCCCGACUCUAUUCGGCUACAUCAAGGCAACCGGCCGGACGACCGAACCAGAAUGCGUCCCGAGCAGCACAGGCACAGGGAUAGCCUACCGAGUGCAAUACAAUACCCGAAUCCUACAGGCCCUACUCCCAUCCCCCUUCUUCCGCAUUCCCCUACCCAUUCUGCUCCCUCCUUCCGCCUAA